AUUCACAAUGUGUUUCCUAGGAAAAACUACAGUCUGCUUUAAUAUCCUAUGAAGAAGUUAUGAGGUUAAGAGAUGUUCUUGAAGAAGAUGAAUCUAGAUCUGACAAUCGAUUGCUUAAUACUUUGAGAAGUGAACAUAUGCAGUUAAAGGAUCAGUUGAAGUCAUUAAGGGAGACACAUGAGGAAGUUACAAAAGAACUGAAAGCUUUGCAGGCUGUUCAUAAAUCUCUUAAAACUGAAAACAAUGAUCUGAAACUUAAGCAUACUGCCAUGCAAGGUGAACUAGUAGAAUGUCAGAAUGAAACAUCAUCACUAGAUGUUGAAGUUUCAAAACUUACCAGUUGUUGUGAACUACUAUCACAAAAGAAUUCUUUAUUGGAAGAGGAACAACAGUCUUUGAUGUCACAUGUAUCUAUAUUAUUGGAACAGUACCAUGAGCUUUUAUAUCAAGUUAUUUCUGAACAGGGCCAGUUUCGUAAAGAAGAAAAUAGUUUUAGAGAGAAGUUGCGGGAAUUGUGUCAACAAAAAGAAAAACUAGAACAGAAAAUUUUAGAUCACUGCAACAAAUUACAAAAGUCACCAAAAAGGAAGCUGACUUCUGGUGGCUCUUUACGCAUGAGAAGAACACGCUCUGCUUUUCUCAGAAAUUCAAAGCACAGUGAUCCACUGAGUUCACAGUCUGACAAUUCUACAGAUUCAAGCUUAUAUUGUAGUCUUCGCCGAACAAAUAAGUCUUUGGGAUGGCCUCACAAAAAUAGAGGAAGUUUAUUAAAUCCAGAAGAUUCUUGCCAAGAGGAUCACAUACCCGUGAGAGAUGUUGGUCUUGCUAUUCAAAAAGAUGGAAAUAUUGAACAAAAUACUUUCAUUCCAUCAGACAAAGGAGAUCUGAUAAAGUCAGAUCUUGUAAACGAAACUGGCCAACAGCAGCACACAACAUUAGAAAAUAACAUGACUCUGAACUUCAUUACCAAUCUGACCAAUCCAGAUGGGCUAGGCUGUGCUCCUGGUCACACGUUUUCCAGGAGUGCUUCUUCCCAACAAAUUUCACCAUUCAGCACAGCUCGAAGCCGAACCACAAACAACUUAUUCCAACCAUUGUCUUACAUGUCCCCUUCAAAUGAUGUUUUGCGUUGUUCUCAGGUGGCCAAUAAACCAGCACGUCCCUUGUCAGCAUUUUGUUCUGAUACAAACAGUAAUAUCGAUACAAUUGAGGCUUCCAAAUUUUCUAGGACUAAAACUGAAAAAAGUAAUGAACCAAAUAGUUCUCGUAACAUGACAAAGGAAAAGUCACUUGAAAAUUCAGUGUGGUAUGAAUAUGGCUGUGUUUAACCUUGACAGAAAGUAUAGUUAAAAUUUGUUUUGUGUUCAUCCAUGCACACUGAAUUUUUUUUAAAUUUGUAUUAAUAUAUAUUUUUUAAAUUGUUAAAAUGAGCGAGUGAAAAAAAAAAAAAAAAAAAAAAAAAACAUUGCUUCUUUUUGUUUUUGAAAUCUAUGAAUUGUGUUUCUUGACUUUUCUGUCAGUCUUGAGUGUUAUGCAAAAUAUUUUUAAUUCUAAGAAGUUUGUUUAUUGUUAAAGAAAAUCGUGAAUUUGCAAGUGUUACUUAAUUUUUAGCAUAUAUUGCAUAGCUUGUUUAAUUUUUUUUUUUUUUUUUUUUACUGUUUUUACACAGAAUGUAUGAUUUAUCAAGUUAUAUCCAAGGAUAAUUUUUGGGCUCUUAUUUUUUAUCAUUUGAUAGAAGAUAUUGCAGAAGACAGAAUAGGUUUUUAUAUAAUCAUAAGUAUUACUAGAAAGGAAUUUUAUAUGCAAAAUAUAUGACAUAAGAAAAUUCUUAGACUAGAAGAGAAUUUGAUUGUGAUACAUACUUAUAAUAUGCAUACAUGUAUUCUAAAAUACAGUGAAAAAUUUUUAAACUAUUAAAAAAAUAAAUCUAAACAUGACAUGACAAAAUUUAAGCUACAUUAAUAGCUAUCUAAAAAAGCUUUUUAACAUCAAAGCUUGAAUUUCAGAAUCAAAUUUAAUUAAACAAAUAAAUGGCAAUCACAGUAGGCUCAUAAAGACAAAUUUGACAUAUAGAGAAAUUUUUUUAAGCGAGUGCUGUAAGUAUGAAUGAAAUCUUCAGAUUGGAUUCAGUGAAGGAAUGCUAUAACAAAGGCAUGAAACUGUAAAAUUUGAUGUUCAUAUAAAUGAUAUGAACAUAGCUUAGUGAGUUUUAAAUUAGGUUGCAUAGAUUACGUGUUCACAGUUUCAGUUUCUUUUGCUACUAGAAACUGAUUUUAUUACUCAAUGAUUACAUGAAAUAUUUUUAAUUUGAAAUAUUGUAUCAUUUUAGAAGGCCUAAAUUUGACUUGUAAAAAUAGUCUAUAUAUUGAUUAUAUAAUAUAUAUAUAUUAUAUGUACCUACAUUUUUAAACUUUCUGUCUGUGAAAAUCUGUAUUUUGCCUAAGUCCAGAUUAAACAGCUUUAGAAAUUAUCAAUUUGCUAUCUUGCAAAUGAAUAUCAAGAAACUUAGUAAAAAUGAAAAUUUAUAUAAUCAAAUAAUAGCAUUUAAUUCUGCCCAAAUUAACUUUAGGGUUAUACUUUCUGCAGACUUGUGCCUUUCCAAAAAUUAUUGUAUUCAAAAUUAUUUGAAAAUGUGUUACAAAUUUUAAAAAAAAUGAUAAAAAGUAUAUUCUUACUUAAAAAUUUGAAUAACUUGAUAAAACAUUGAAUUGACUUUUUCAAGAAAUAUGUAAUUUUUCCAAUUUGCAAUUCUUAUUUUAUCGAGUUUUUGAAUUUAUUUCUUUAGAUACUGUGAAUAACUCACAUUAAUUUAAUUAACUUUCAUUAUUUUUUUAUUAAAUUUAAAAAAUUGAUUUUUGUUCUUUUAUGAGAUUUUAAAUAAUGUUUUAAUUUGGAGCAGUUUUACUUAUUCAAGCUCAAAAGAAUUUACUCUUCAGUUUUUACCAUAUUUUAACACUUUGUUAAAUCUCCUGUUUCACUAAUUAUAAGUGACCUGCUGGCCAGGCUGUAAUUAAAUAUGUGUAAUAUAGCUGUCAAUGUAAAAUAAUUUUGCUUUCUAUUAAAAAUAUUUUUUGAAUUUAACAUGUUCUUUUAUAAUGUAUCAUAUUAAUUUCCCCUUCAAAAUGUAUUUUGUGUACUCUGAAUGUUCACCUUGAUUGCACUAAUGUUGACUUCACUAAAAUUUCUUAAAUUAGAAUAGAUAAAGUGGUUUGAAUGUGAUUGAUGUCAUUUUAAGAUUUCAAAGAACUGUUAUGAAUUAACCUUUUCAGCUCAUAAUUGUUAGAUGUGUAGAAGCUAUUAUAUCUAAAAGCUACAGAAAUUAUAUGAAAUUUAACGUGUGUGUGCCUACUUGAUGGUGCUAUUCAACAUCCGUGCAAGAUAUUAAUUCUUACCUAGUAUAAGUAGCAAUGAAUUUUUUUUUUUUUUUUUUUUUUUGUUAAUAAUAUAAACUUUGAGAAGUAUAAUAAAAAUAAAUAAUCCUAUAUAGAAAGGGCAGUAUUGCAUCUGAAUCACACAUUGUUGUAAAUAAUACAAAUCCAAAACUAAAAUGUAUGAACAUAACAUUAAAGAAAGCUUUUCCCCCUUUUCAUUAAGUUAUUCUAUUACAUAAUUAAGAACGACUGAAAUCUUUCAAAAUAUAGUUUUAGAUAUAUUUUCCAUUUGCUAAUAUAAUUCACAUAAUCCUUAUUUUCAGAGUAGAUGUGUAACAAUUAUCAAAUAAUCAAUUACUAUUGCAAAUAAAUGUAAUCAAUUUUGUUAUUUUCCUGAAUAAGAGAAACUGAGAUUGUAUUUUUAGUGUAUAUUUUUUAGAUAUGGACAAAUGAUUAGUUAUACUACACAUUUUUUUCAUGCAUGUUGUGUAAUGUAAUAUUUUAGUUUAUAUCACAAUUAAAAAUCUUAUUAGGUACUGUAUGUAUUUACUAAUAAUAAAUAUUUAAGUGUCGUGUCACUUAAAAACAAAUAUUGUGUUGUUGGACUAGAUCUUGCGUAUUUAUGUGCAAAUGAAAGUGCAACGUUUCGGUGAUAUUUCUUUACUGCCAUUUCUCAAUUCAAAACAUAUUUAAUAACAGUCAUGUGAUGCUUUAUAUACUUGAUUUUUAAAUCCCACAUGUGGUGUAAAGAUAAAUUAAUGUGGCAUUAUAUGCUGAUUUCUGCUAUAUAUUGUUAAAAAAAAAUAGCUUUAUACCAUAAGAAUAUUUUAUUCUUUAAAGUUUAUAAUUGCAGCAAUAUUCCAUAUUUGUAGUUUUAUCAAAGUUUUUUUAUUUAAAUUGUAAUAUUUUAAUUUGAAUUAGUUAAAAUGAAAUAUGAGUAGAACCAUCAUAUAUAUUUCUUUGAAUUCAAACAGCAUAUAUUAUAAAUUUUCAUUGACUUGCCACACAGCAUGGUUGCCAUACAUGAAAGCAUAAUUUUAUUCCCAGCCAUUUAAAUGUAGCUCAUUAGUACUCUUAUUAAAGUAAUGCAUUAUAUUAUCUUAAUAAAUAAUUAAUUUAUGAAAUAAUUGGAUUGGGUAUUUGCUUAAAUAUGUGCAGCAUGUGUAAUCUGCUUGUUUAAAAAAUUACAGUAAUUGAAGAAAGAAGCUGUACGUAAAUUUCAUGAAAACAGUUAUAUAACAUGAAAAGUAUAAUCCUUUGCCAUUAAAAAACUAAUUCAAGUUUUAUAUUAAACAAGUCUAGGGCUUUAUUUAUAAUUUGUAAUAUAUAUAUAUUUUAAGGCAAUAUUUAUAAAUAUUAGAGAAUGUUUGUUUUUAAGUUUUUAGAGGCAGGUAUAUGUAAAAACAUUCUUGAUGAAAUUUAUACAUAAUGUUUUUGCAGUUUCCUAAAUGAAGUCUUUCAGAGUAAUUACAUUUUUUUAAAUCAAAAUGCAAGUUGUAAAUAUUUGAAUAACUUUAAUUAAUGGCACAUUUUAAAAUUCAAGCACAAAAUUAAAUACUUUGCACCUUAUAUUGUUGAACCAUCAAAACCUUAUAUGCAUUUUAUGAACUUUUCAUUACUACAAUCAGUAGUUUCAAAAUAUUUUGAAUUGUAACAUUUGUAUAGUAAUAAGAUUAUGCGCCAUGUGAAUGUGAUUUUUUUUUUUAAAUUUUAAAUGUUUGUUUAUUCAGAAUUUAUAUUUCUUAAACAUCAUGUUUAGAGUGAAGAUUGUAUAGUUUAAUACAUUAGAUACUGUGAUUGUGAUUUGUAUAAAAACUGUGCUUUCAUUUUAAAUGUUUACAUUAAAUGUUCCAUAAUCAUUUAAUGUUUUUGCUAGAGAAAUAAUAAUUUAUAUCUUCCAUUCACUCAGGUAGAAUGAAAUAUAUAUAUAUAAAUAAAAAUUGUGUGGCUAUUAUUUGUAUUAGGAAUAUUUGAAUGUAUUAUGUCAAAAUAAAAUUUUGAUCUCGGACAGACAUGUA